UAAAAUAAAAUAAAAAAGAAAAGAGAGAAGCUAUUUCUUCUCUGUUCCUUUUAGAGGUUGUUUUCUUAGUUUCAAACCCAAAGCUAUUCCUGUCAAUUGGCCCCUGGUUUUGCCAUUUCUUAUAUAAUGUACAAUACCGUGUACCGUUUCAUCUGCACUUUCCACUUCCACCUCUUGCAAAUUUCACUUCUUCUGCACCUCCUUAUCUUCUUAUCACCACUUCUUCUUCUUUUACAAGUACCCAUCACCAGUUUCCAACCUUGUCAAUCUGUUUCAGGCCCAAAAUUUAAACCUUUACUGUAUAUUUUUAGUCCCUUUUUCUUAUUUUCAAAGGUUUUUGGUGGUGUUUGUUGGGUUUUCGUUAAUUUCCUGAAUCUAAGGUUAAAACCCUCCUCAUAUCUAAAUCCAUAGCAUUUUUUCUAACGAAACCUGCAAUUUUUUUUUUCUUGGUGGGUUUAUUUUCUUUUUAAAGUAUAGAGUGAUUUGAAUCUUACCCAGUUUUGAAGGCUUUUUUUUUUUUUUUUGGUCUGCAAGAAGUUCAUCUUCAAACACAGAUUAUUUUAUUUUAUUUUUUCGGUGAAAGAUCCACAGGUAUAUUUCGGUGUUAUAUCGAUGACAAUUGAAGCUGUGGUUGAUCCAAGAAGAGACCCAGUGCCAGUCGGCCAGCACGUACAUAAGGUUGGAUAUGCCAACCGGCUUAUGAAGAAGAAAAGGUGUAAAAGAAGAAUUAAUAAGCGGUCUGAAGCAAAAGUUCCCAUGGCAUUGCAGGAGCUGUAUAUGUCAUGCAGAGAAGUGUUUAAAGGCCCUGGAACUGUUCCCUUGCCUGAUGAUGUGGAGAGAUUAUGCCAUAUACUUGACAAUAUGAAGCCAGAAGAUGUUGGGCUAAGUAGCGAGCUGCCGUUUUUUAAGACUAAAAAUGCUGUGAAUGGGACUCAAAGGGUCACUACCACAACCAUAUACAAGUGCGAUGAAUUUUCGUUGUGCCUUUUCUUUCUUCCUGCAACUGCUGUCAUCCCCCUCCAUAACCAUCCAGGGAUGACUGUUUUUAGCAAGCUUCUACUGGGGACAAUGCACAUCAAAUCAUAUGAUUGGGUCAGCCCUCCCAGUGCAGAGGAGCCUGUACAGCCUUCUCAUGUGAGAUUGGCAAGACUGGUAAUGGACAGUGACUUUACAGCUCCUUGCAACACGUCUGUGUUAUAUCCGACAACAGGAGGCAAUAUCCAUCAAUUCACUGCCAGUACACCAUGCGCAGUUCUUGAUGUGCUCGGACCUCCCUAUGCUAAAGAAGAUGGGAGGGACUGUUCAUACUACAAAGAUUUUCCUUAUGAUGCCUUUUCAGAUGGAGAAAAGGAGUUGACAGAAGAGGGGGGCUGUGUUGGAUGGCUGGAAGAGAUUGAGACGCCAGAGAAUUCAGAGAUGGAUUGGAUAGAGUACUUAGGUCCACAAAUUGUAGAGUAUAGGGAGUAAAGAUUAGUUGGUAGCUGUUUGGUUGUCACCAUUAAAGAAAGUUUCUUUCUUUAUUUCCCACAGAUAUUAUGAAUUUUCAAUAA